UAGUUUUCUCUUAUUUGGGAGCUAUUUUGAGAGUUUGCAAAUUAUGGCAUUCGAGGUUAUGUUAUGCCUUAUCAUGUUCCAGGGUUUUCGUAUCAGAUAGCGACAGUAUGUCAACUUCCUAAUUUUCGCUGAGUCAUCUAGUGCUCAAGGUUAUUCAAGGUCAAGAAAUCUACAGUCUUAUGCCGAGCUUCCUUCUUCGUUUCAUUAGAACCAUCUAGCUCUGCACUGCACGUUGCUCUGACUAGUUAAUAAUAAUUGACACGUAACUUGGGAUAUCCUAUUCCUAGAUCAGAAAUUGAAAGUAAAUUUUGCCUCUCGAAGGAUCGAUCAUGUUUUUGAUGUUGGCUGUUUCUUCGCUGGUGGCCGUUGUUGUGUUGUUGACAAUAGCAGUGCUUUCAAAGUAUCAAGCUUUUGCUGUUGUGAGGAAGAUUCCUGGUCCAAGACCCAACAUUUUAUUUGGCAAUGCUAUGCAGUUGCCGAGUACUCCUGACGGACUCCUAAAACAAAUCUUGCAAUGGGCACAGCAGUAUUAUGGCGGAAUUUAUUGUCUGUGGGUUGGUCCAUUCUAUCCUUUUGUGCUUAUGUAUAAACCUGAAUUGAUAGAGAUUCUUUUGAAUAGCCCAAAACAUACAACCAAGUCUGCAGAUUAUGAUUUUGUACAUCCCUGGCUAGGAACUGGAUUAUUGACCAGUGAUGGUGCAAAGUGGAAGACACGAAGAAGAUUGAUCACACCAACUUUUCACUUCACAAUUUUAAAUAGCUUUAUACAAGUGUUUGAAGAACAAGCAGCAAUUCUGGUUUCACACCUAGAGAGGAAUGUUAAGAAGGGUGUCUUCAACAUCAUGCCGUACAUUACACAUUGUGCCUUGGACAUUAUUUGCAUAACGUCCAUGGACUCGUCACCAAACGCGCAGGGUGAUUCCAGCUCUCCAUAUGUCACUGCUGUUCAAAGAAUGAGCGAGUUGGUGCAGGUGCGUCAGCGUUCACCAUGGCUGUGUUACGAUAUCGUGUACAAUUUGACGCCCUCAGGAAGAGAGCACAAUCGAUGUCUUAAGAUCCUCCACGGCUUUACAAACAAGGUAAUCGACGAAAGAAUCGCUAGUAGAGCAGCCAAGAGAAGGCAGUCACAAGCUGAGGAGAAAGAGCAGGAAAAUGCAGACGAAUGUGGAUUUAAACGCAAAAAGCGUUUGGCUUUCCUUGAUUUGUUACUGGAAGCCUAUGACAAAGGAGAAAUAUCUCGAGAAGGCGUCAGAGAAGAAGUGGACACGUUUAUGUUCGAGGGUCACGACACAACAGCCGCUGGGAUCACGUGGGCUCUAUAUCUGCUUGCCCGACAUCCCAUAAUACAGCAACAGGUUCAAGAGGAAGUGGACACUUUUUUCGGUAAAUGUUGUGAUGUUUAUGCAAAUCGAAGAUAACACGGCAUGUUUCGAACAAUUUCACGCUGCAGUGUCUCGACGAUCUACAGAUUGAAGUAAUUCCCAGUUCG